AUGGAAAAACCUUAUUAUGUUCGAAAUCAUAACAUAUUUACAAGUGGUAAUAUGCUUUGUUAUCCAGCUGGUGGAUCAACUAAUAUUUAUAUGGAAGAUGAAGAUGGAAAUGCAAUUUAUAAUUUUGAAAUCAUCGACAAAAUCUAUGAUAAUUAUAUUGAACAUAAUCUUAUACCAAUAAUUGAAUUAGAUUUUAUGCCUUUGGAUUUAGUAACAGAUUCAAAAGAUUUACCAUCUGAUUGGAAAAUGGGUCGAGAUGUAGGACAAGAAUUAUAUGAACAAAAUAAAUGGAAAUUACCACCUAAAGAUUAUAAAAAAUGGUGA